UGGCACUAUGUGCAGAUAUGGCAUCUACAGUUGUAGAAAAAGGAAUAUAAAGCUCCCAUGAUAAAUGUUGAACUAACCAGUUGAGAGGCUGUGGUUUUUGAGAUGGGCCAUCACUGUUGCAGCAAGCAGAAAGUAAAAAGAGGGCUGUGGUCACCUGAAGAAGAUGAGAAGCUCAUCAGAUACAUCACAACCCAUGGCCAUGGUUGCUGGAGUUCUGUUCCAAAGCUAGCAGGGCUGCAAAGGUGUGGCAAGAGUUGCAGGUUGAGAUGGAUCAACUAUCUGAGACCAGACCUCAAAAGGGGUUCUUUUUCUGCACAAGAAGAACGAAUCAUCAUCGAUGUUCACAGAAUUUUAGGCAAUAGAUGGGCUCAGAUAGCUAAGCAUCUACCAGGGAGAACAGACAAUGAGGUGAAGAACUUCUGGAAUUCAUGCAUUAAGAAAAAGCUGCUUGCACAAGGGUUGGACCCAAAAACUCACAAUCUGAUCUCCUCUCAUCACACCACCAAUAAUAACAAUGCAUGCAAUCUCCUCCAUACCCACCAGCAGCCCAUUUUUACUGUAGAAACACAGACAAGAGAGAGAUCCUCCAUAACCAUUAAUCCACCUUUCAUUACAUUGCCACCACCACCACCACCACCUCCUCCUCCUCCUCCUCCUCCGCUUCAUCCUAUUACCACUACUACAACUACUGCUGCUCACCAUCCUCCAUUGCAUGAAGCCAUAACUAACCCAAUCUAUGAUUACCAAAACCCAAAUCUUGUUUGGAAUGCUAAAGCUCAAAACUUACUUGCUUCGGUUGAUUUCGUUGGUCGAUCUCCAAUGGAUAGUGUGCCCAUCUCUUCUGCAACGAAUCAUCCAUCUGGGCUUGGGUAUUUAGAGGAGAACUGCAUAUGGACUACCAGUGCUGAACCCUUUGAACCCCCAAAACAACAAGAAAUGCAACAAUUACAGCAGCAGCAACAGCAGGAAGUUUGUGAUGUGGAGUUCGAUGAUGCCAAUGAAGUUAAGGGCAGUCAAGACAUGGAGACUUCAUUCAACAGCUCCAAUUUCGAUAUUGAUUUUGUGGAUUCUACAAUGAUGCCUUGUGGAAUGUAUUGCACUUCCACCUCCAUGGAUCAAAUUGCAUGGGAUUGCUAGGUCUUUUUAUGUAUUCUAUUAGAGUUUGGUUGUGGCUGUGUAUUCUAAAAUUCAAACACAAGGGCUUGUACAUGGGUUCAAGGACAGUAUGUUUUUCCUUCAAUAACACCUCUCUCUCUCUCUCUCUAGA